CACUCAUCCGCUCCCUCACUCCAGAAUGAACUUCAGUUCGGUUAAGCUUUAAUGUUUUAGUGUCAACUUUUUGACACUAAAAAAGUUCGAAACGUACGAGAAUAAUUUGAGGAAGAUAGCAAUUGUUUACCGUGGUGGUGGCUGAGAAACACGAUUUCUUCACUCAGCAGAUCUAAUUGCUAAUGGAGGCACCAUCCAGAAUCUCCUGAGCUCAGAUCAUGUCAGUCUGGUGUUUAUGUGCUUUGCUCCUUUCUCUGAUUGAUCAAACAGAACAGGAUGGAAACCAACUUCCAGUAAAAGAGGUGACAGUGUAUCCAGAAAAAAGUGACAAAUUUGAUAAAGGUGAAUGGGUGCUGAACGUUACAUGGAGAGAUGAGUUUGCUGAAAAAAAUCAAUCAGAGAAACUUACUUAUGACAUUGAAGUCCUUCACACUGAACAGAUGCGGACCGUUCACUUUGAAACCAUACAGGUGAUGCCAGAUCCAGCGGUCCCUCAUCACUGGAAAUGGACCUCAUCUGUACCACUGCAGUGCACCUCCCAUUCGGUCAGAUUGAGGCGCCGAGAUCCGCAUCAGACCAGCAGCUGGACACCUUUAAACACUUACGAAGGAGAAGAUCAAAAUGCCACAACAACACUUGUCUAUCCAGAUAACCAAGUUUUUCUGGUUGGGAGCAACGUGACAUUCUGCUGCAUUUUGAAGACAGAAAAGGUUCAAUUAUUCAGUUCCUCUUUCUUCACAAUCCGCAUCAGCAACAGGACCUACAUCACAAAACCAGUUCACUUCAACACCCCUACUACAUCAGGAGGAGAGAACAUACAAUGUUUGGAUGAUGGAGGCUCCACAAUAUUUAUUGGCUAUCCCCCAGAUGACCAAAAUCUUACAUGUGUAACCCGGGAUCUCAGCUCUGUGGAGUGUCACUGGAAACGUGGUCGAAAAACCCAUCUGGAAGGAGAUAACAAAACCUUCUACACACUGAAUGGAAGUGUUUGUAAAUUUGAUCAAUGUGUCCUACAUAAAAACAAUGCCACGAAUUGGACUCUAAAUGCCACAAAUCCCCUUGGUGUGAAGACAAUCACUGACACAGCUGAACCCAAACACAGAGUAUGGCUUAGAGCACCCAAGAACAUACAAUCCCGUGCGGUUCAUGCAAGAAAUGCUACUCUUCAGUGGAGCUGGAACAUGGAAAAUUAUGCUUCCUUUCCAAUGACAUGCCAAGUGGAGCUCAAUGGAUCCAUUUACAAUGUAACCUUUCGUGGACUGGGACUUUCGUCAGUUAUCCUUUUAGAUCUGCAGCCCUCUGCUAAGUACACAGCUAAAGUGCAAUGUGGGUCUAAUGAGCACUUUUACAGGUGGGGUGACUGGAGUGAAAUGACUGACUUCUCUACUAAAGAGGACAUUCCAGAAGAAGUAGAUAUUUGGAUGAAAUAUUGGGAACAAAAUACAUACAUAGUAUGGAAGCCUCUAACAAAACAACAAAGUAAUGGGAUAAUAACGGGCUAUGAACUUACUAUAAGUGACUCCAAAGACAAGUGGAGAAACCCCAUCCACAGAGGACUAAAGACACCACUGUGCCACAAUCUCACAUCUGGGAAUGAGAAAGGGGAUCAAAUAAUCACAGUCUCAGCAAGCAACUCAGCUGGUCUUUCUCCACCUUCAAGCAUCACCAUCCCAAGCUUUCCUGACAAUGGAGUCAGUGUAAGCCCUAUCAAUAGUAGUAAAGGUGGCUUUACAAUGUUUUGGGAAGAAAGCUCCCGUUCCAGUUGUGGCUAUGUUGUAGACUGGUUUCCAACCUACAGUAAAAAACAUUGUGCAGUUGAAUGGAGGAAGAUCCCAUCCGGUCACUUAAGCACCUGGAUUCCGUCAGAGUUUUUUCAGCCAGGUGUGAGAUAUACUAUCUCGGUCUACGCCUGCACUGCUGGUGCCCCACAGCUUCUGCAGAGGAGAGAGGGUUAUGCUGUAGAGCAACGACCAUUUGAGAAAAUUCAGAACCUGAGAAGUGAACGGAAAGGCAGAACACUUGUGCUUUCCUGGAACAAAGUGCCCUUAGGCAAGCAAGGAGGCUUCAUACUGGGUUACAGGCUCGUAAUAUUCAACUCUGAUAUCAACAGAACUAUCAAUACUAAAACAACAAGGGAGCCUACAGCUAGUUUGACAUUAGAUCCUGGCUCCUACACUAUCAACAUUAGUGCCUAUACAUCUGCAGGAGAAGGUGAUAACGCCACAAUCAGUUUCCUGGUGGAAAAAAGCAUUCAUCAGAUGAUUGCGGCUACUGUUGUGGGCUCCAGCGUAGCAGCCCUUGUCUUCAUUUUCAUUACAGUCCUUUGCUUCAGGAAGAGAAAGUGGUUAAAGGAAAUAUUAUAUCCAGAUAUUCCUGAACCAAAACUUACAGGGGAAUGGACUAAAAAGGGGGUUUAUUGCUCCCCGCUGACUGAAGGGUAUAUGAAGUGUGAGAUUCAGGAGGCCUACAGUACAGAGGAUCCUCCAACAUCACUAGAAAGUGGAGAUAGCCAUGCUCUCAUCAUCCAUACCUCCAGAGUGUGUCCUGCACAUCAUUUCUAUCAGAAUACAUAUGAAUCUCCAUUUGUCUCAUCCUCACCUGAUGAUGCCCAUUCAGUCACUUUAUACUCCUCAUUAUUGUGGCCCUGUAUUGAGAAACUGAGCUCAGUUAUUGAAAACCCUACAUACAAUAUGACCUUGCCAGAAUCAGUCGGUGUUUCACAAAUACCAGAGCUCACAUUGGAAAUGCAGGACUCUUACCUCCCUGCCCCUAACUUUGUUCAUAAUAAUUUUGAUGACAAGGACUCACUGGGUUACAAGGCCCAAGCAUCAUGGCCUACAAAUGUAUAGCUAAACAGACGUAAAUGUAGUGGAAUCUACUGUACACCAUAACGAUCUGUGAAUUAUGUGAAUUCCGUUUAUAGCUAAAUAGUAGUGUAUAAUGUACCCUGUGUAAAUUAUGCUUAUGUAAACUUGAAUAAAUGUCAUUUA